GAUGAAUCUGGCAAAGGAGGAUGCCAAGUGGAAUGCCUACAAGACGGUGGAAAAUCGCUUGAGAGCUGUCCGCCUGGACGUCGGCUCCAGCGGCUCAAGCGCCCUGGCAGAGGACGUGGACGUGGCGCUGCGGCUGCUGGCGCAACGGCGACGGGAGCAAUGCGAAGCCAAGGCCAUGGCGCGGGCACCCCGCGCUCCAACCCGCAGCGUGCCAGCGGGGUCAGAUCCAGCCCUUCGGAUGGAGGUGCGGCACCAGGCGCGGGAGGCCGCGCGCCAGCGCGCGUCCAAAGCGGGACGCGCCGCCGCGGGAGGUGC